CAAAUUAGACUCGCUGUUCGUGGCUAAAUUUGGUCACAAUCUUGACAAUGUUCCUUCCGCUCAAAUGAUCAUUGUUACUUAGAAAUAGAAAAAAAGGUGACGACUGUCAUUCAGCGGCUCAGAAAAAUCAGGGAAGAAUGAAUUGCAGAUAGUUUAAACAAAAUUUAUUUUCUCUGUGCUAUUUGGGGAUCAAUAAUGGCAGAAUCUCUGAUAUCCCUCACGAAUUCCUUAGAACGAGCAACCCAAUUGACAAAAUAUCUGCCCUCUGCAGCAAACCAACAGGAAAUCUCUGCAAUCUACGCCUCUCUCAGAGAUACGCAGCAAAGCAUUCAGAAUUUUCUGCAACAACAAGAGCGGCAGCUGGCGCUUAGCGAAAACAGUAAUAUUAGUGCGUAUUCAAGAGGUGGUGAAGAGCAGGCAAUGGUGGAAGAUGAAGAAGGCGAUCAGCAGAUGCCUGCAACGGUGGAGGACGAGGAAGUGGAGAGGCUGCAGGAGACGAUGAAGGAGGUUUGCGCCCUACAAAACAAGCGGAGAAAACGGGCGCGCUCCCCAGACGCCCCAGUUGCUCUUUAUUGUUUUGAUAGGUCUUGGGCUCGAGAACAGGGGUUCAAACCCCAGGACCGGCAACGCAAGUUCGAUCUCAUUUUCCAGUUUCACGCUUGAGGAGGCUUUCUUUUUCAGGAUUACAACUAGUGUGGAAUUGCUUCAAACAGUGGAUGCUAUUGUCAUGGGAUCGCUAGUCAGAAUGAUACAGGUGCUUUAAUGUAGUCCCCAUGCACUUGCGCUGGCACAACUGAUACUGAAAACUAGUCAUAUUUUCCUAUCAAAGAACUCUCUUUUUGUUACAAAUGUGAUGCCUUAAAGGUCAUUUUCAGAUAGCUAUUCCAUCAAGGGAAGAGCUGGUUUUUACAUUGUAGGAAAUAUAGAAUAUCUUAUUCAGAGCAGUGAAGGGAAUUUUCUCUGUACAUCUACUCCUAAACAAUGAUAUCAGAAGUGUUAUAUUGAAUAAGUACCUCCACAUUGCAGAUAUCAGUCAUGCUGCUUAGCAUAGAGUUUAUUGUUCCAACAAAGGUAAUGAUAUUAUAUUAUUGUUUCAGAAUUCUUUA